AUGAUGAGCUCGCCUAACCUGUUAGUGUCGUUUCCGUUGCUAGCCCUUGCAUCAAGCAUCAGAAGGUUACAGCUCAGCGAUUGGCCUGGAAUUGCAGGAUUGCUCUUAGCAACCUUGCGAAAAAGCAUCUCCUCAUGGAAAUUGGCAAGUGAUUCAAAAGGUGAAGCUGGAGAUAGGGACAUUGCAGACUUCCAGUUAAUUGGGUACGCCUCAUAA